AUGUCACGUCUACCUAAUACAACAACAGCACCGGAAACAGAAAUGUCAGUAGGAAGUAUCAAUAAUAAUUUGCUGAAACUCUUAGAUAGCAAUAAACGAAUAGAAGAAAAAGUUGAUCAAUUCAAAAUAGAUUUAAAAGUAGUUACUCUUGAUACUCAAUUACACCAAGCGGUAUUACUCGAUGUUAUCGAAACCAUGAAAGACUUCACUCAAAAAUUUAUACCGUCAUCACUCACUUAUAACAAGAAUGAUAGAGCAUCGUUAAUACCAAUUGUACAGCAAUUCUACAAUCGUUUUUGCUAUGCAGCUAUGAGUUUAAAUGAUGGUUUUCAACUUAAUCGUAAAGUUUCGCAUGCACCAUCACAAAUAUUAAGCAACAACAUUAUUCAACCAACUGCUAUAAUGCCAACAACAGAGAACCUUUAA